AUGGCCGACAUGAAAGACAACAAAAUCAUGCAGAUGCCACCGAACGAGACCAUUCCCCUCGGCCGGGCCGUCGUCAACAACAACUGCCCCAUGCCCAUCUAUCUCUGGUCCGUCGGGCAGGAUAUUAGCUCCGAGAUUGUCCUGUACCCGGGCAUGGAGUACUACGAGGUCUUUAGAAGCGACCCGAGGACCGGUGGUAUUGCGAUCAAGAUCACCACCGUUCCGGAUGGGCUGUACACCAGUGCUCCGCAGACAGUCUUUGCGUAUAAUCUUGUUAACGAUACUGUUUGGUAUGAUCUGUCCGAUGUCUUUGGGGAUCCGUUCGAGGGGGAUUCUGUGAGUCUUAUUCCAUCGGAGCCAGCGAUUCAUUGGGACGAGGGAAUUCCGCCUAGUGGGAGUCAGGUGCGCAUGUUGAAUGAUGCGACGGCAGACUUGAUGCUGGUCGUUUGUGCUGCGGGGGAUGGGGAGAUAUAUACAUGA